AUGGAGGACAUGUCAAUGGUUCAGACACUGAGGAUUUGGAAAGAUGGCGUGACUUUCAUGGAAGAAGGGAACUUUCAAGAUGCGCUUAUGAACUUUAUGGCCUUAGAAGGGAGAACAGAUUCUUCUCAGCAUCUUAUCACUUCAGGAAGAAAUCUGUUCAACAUUGGACAAACGUACUUAGCUCUUGGAAGAAUGGAUAUGGCAGCAAAGGUACUUUUGGGUUUAUUGAAUAGAUAUCUCGACUUCCUCAGUCUAGGUGUUAAAUACCUAUAGUUUUAAGAAGUUUUCAUUUACUUUAGGUAAAUAACUGAUGAUCGUGACUUGGUCAAUGAGCCAGUAUAACUAAUCUUGAAAUUCUCCCUGUUCCUGUCACGCAAAUUACAACCAUGAUUUUGCUGCCCUUUGAAGCAAAAUAUUUGUUUUAAAGAGUUGAAAAUUUUUAUGCUGAUUUUCCAAAAUGUGCGACAUGUUUUCAAUAUUAUGUGCAAAUAUUGUUUAUUAUACAUUGAUAUAUUUGUUUUAUAAAUUAUAUUGUAAUAAAUGAAGUUUUGCUGAGUAAGCGGGGUCAAACAAGUUGUCCUCUUUUAGACUGUACUUGCUUGUAGUGAGGUGUACGCGCGGAUGAAUUCAUGGAUAUUAGCGUAAUAGUCGUUAAUAAUAACCAAAAACAAUUUUGAAAUAAGAUCCAGUAGGAGAUUCUCUAGUAGAGAUAAAUCGAUACCACGGGAGAUGAUUUUGAUCUUUGUAUUAUACGACCACAGAUUGUUCCAUUAACUUAAUGUUGCACCGUUGCACUUUGCAUGACUGACUUCUUCCUAAGGGACCUUCUUGGACUACAAGGCGCUAAAAUAAUCAGGAUUGAAUGUUUUUGAUAUUACACUCAUAUACCUUUAAAAGAAUGUUUAGUGUCUGCUCCAAAUUAUUGCAGUGAUAGGCAUUCUUCAUAAAGAAUUGUUAGGGAAGGCAAUCAGAAUUUGCUAAGGGCAGACUGGAAUGGAAAUUAGACAUGCAUGUGACCAAUUAUGUGAACAGAUGAAAUUCUCUCAUUAGUAAAUUAUACAACUAGUCUUUCUCCAAGUGUUUCUCCUUUAUCAGUAAUCAUUCUACAUGACUCUUAACUCCUUAAUUAACAAUUUUCAACAGCUUUUAGCAACUGGCUUUCAGUAGUUAUCUAUGCAAACUAUAACAUGUCUAUCAGCAAAUUCUUCUCACCAUAUUGAUGUAAUUAUUUGCUAUCCUUGACUAAUCACCCCAUUCAAGGUUUCAGGGAAAUCUGGAGGUUUUCAGGAAUUAAAAAAAAUUCAUUGGUCAUGUAUAUUUCAGGACAGUUACCAUCCACUGGUUUAUAAACUCAUGAAUCACACUUGUCUUUCUGUAAAAUUUUUGCUUUAAAUAAUGAGUUUGGCUUAAUCACAUGUACAAAUCAACCUUUUGCUACCCUCUCAGGUGGCCAUGAUAUUGAAAUUUUUACAAACAUGAUACAACCUGAUGUAAAAUUAAAUCCCAUUACUUCUACCAAAUGAGACAUUAAAUAAAUUUGAACAUGUCUCCAAUUUUACUGUCAAAGGAAACAUUUCCUUAAAAUUAUUUAUAAGAAAUGUAAAGCACAUCAUGUACAUUUUACCACCGAGGUGCAAAACAAAACAAAAAAACUUAACAGGGCUGAGUGGUUUAGAUGUAUCACAUUACACUGUAGAUGCAGAAGAAAUUGUUUUCACAUCACCAAAAAAAAAUGCUCACUUUCCAGAUCUAGGAAGUGUGUUCUUCACCAUUUCUUUUACCAAGGGAAUUAAAACCAAAAAAAAAAUCUUGCACGAAGAAUUCAAUCUGCUGGAAGCAUGCAACCAACAUAUACUGUCUCUGUGAAACCCACCCAAUAAGGUUUAUUCACUGUUUUAUUCAUUGAAAUUGUUCAGGUGCAGUAAUAAAUGAUGAUACUGUUCAUUUAUUUAAUGAUAUUCCUUUUCUUGUGAAGGCUUUCGAGGAGUCUGUAGAAAAAGACAAAAUGAUGGCAGUUGCUCAUUUUAUGUUGGGGAACAUCAAUUUGUCUUUGGACAGGUAAUAUCAUAAGAUACUUAAGGAAAUUCAUGAAAUACUUUUACUGCAUUGAUUUCAUAGUAGUGUAAUUGAUUAUAACGAGGGUAGAAUAGAGCAAAAAAUGAUGUAAGUUCUGGUAGGUUUUGUCAAAUGAUGCUGGAAUAAAUCAAAGUAGCCUGCAUGUACAGGAAGAUCUGACAUUCAAAUUGUAUUUUGAUAGUUAUCCUUAAUUAUGGAAACUUUUCCUUUCAUUUGUACUACAAUCCAUUCCAGGGCAGAUAAUUUUGUACAAACAAUUUGGAUGGCUGUAUUUCUUUUUUUUUAUUAUUGUUUACAGGAAUGGUUGGAUUGAACUUUCCAUCAGUUUUAAUUAGUGUACUAUCUGAUGCAGGCAGCAUUCUGUUGCCAUAUAGAGUUGCAUGGUAUGUUGGCUCCCAAGGAGAACUAAAGCUCAAAUGCUUUCAUCCAAAGCCUGGCUCUACUUUAUAACCUGCCAGGUCUUAAAAAUGGUUCUUUUAUACAGCUAUUAAUCAAUGCAAAUUAGGAGUAGGAUUUGGACAUUAUUUUGAAAUUCCAUUAUUGUUACUAAUAGAUGAUUUUUUGCAAUUAUACAACAUGAACUGUUUCUUUUGAUUCUCUCGUAGGAAUGAGAAAGCGCUGACAAACUUUGAUAAUGCUUACUUCUAUUUGCGUGGAAACAAAUUGAUUAAUUAUCAACAACUCGGAUUGAAGGCUAAACUCUACUUAUGUGAGGUAUACUUCAUUCCACAUGCCAAUCUUGUUGAAGGAACUUGGAGCCUAAGUACUUGUGCUAUCUUUAGUUGAAGACAGUAGAUUUCAAGCUGGCAGGGCACAGUUAUUAAAAAAUAGGGUCUGAAAACAAGCAGGAAUGAUUUCUUAUUGAAAUGGAGAUAAACUUGUCAAAAUUUAAAUUUCUGUGACAGCAUGAGUACACAUUGAGUUCAUUACGUUUAUUGAUUGAUGAUAAUUCAGGUUGGUGGAUGAUGAGUAAUUAUUCUUUGAGACAGAGUUUGCAUGUUUUGCUUGUGUUGCUGUAAGGUGAUCUUGAUGAAAGGAUGCACCAUGAAAUAAAGCGGUUAACAUUAUUUUCUUUAAGGGUCUAGAAUGUGUUUGCUGAGUUUGGUAGAGUUUCUGUGUUUUAUGUGUUAGAAUGAUGUGGUGUGGUUUCUGUAUCUAGUCAUGAAGUUGUUUUCUGUAAGCCCUAUGUAUGUUUCAGGGGUGCUGUUGUCCUUAUGUGUGAUGGUGGCUUGGUAGAUUAGAGAUGAUUGGAGGCAGUUUCCAUUAAGUGGGCAUGUGUUCUUCUGUUGGCAGUUGGAAUUUUUGGUGUCUUUUGUGUUGGUGUUAUAAUCUGCAGUGUCAUUGAUGUGUUUGGAUGAAUUUAAAAUGUGUUUGUUGUGGUUGUCAAUGAUCAGUGCUUAGUGUUAAUAAUGCAGCUGUUACUGAUCUUGAUUUUACUACGAUUAGAGAUUUUUCCAAGUUUGUGAUCUUUCAGGAAGUGCUUUUCUACUAGGGAAAGGAAUCUGUGUCCAAUAUUGGUGCUGAUGUUUUUGCUGAAUGGGGGGUUGUACCAGAGUAUGUUGUUCCCAUGUCUGUUUUUUCGUUUGUUAGUUAUGGGUGGUUUGUGUCGAGUGUACUGGUAUCCACAUUUGUCUAGAGCUUUUUGGUAUGGAGGAGCAGCUUAGUUGAAGGAUGCUUUGUGGGAUGAAAGAGAUGACUGUCUUUUGUGUAUGACAGUGGGUAUGUUCUUUGUGGUGGUUGGUGGGUGGUUGAUCACCCUACAAUAGCGCAAACAAAAGAUGCAACCUCUGCCUCAAAGAAAAAUUAUUCAUCAUCCAUUGACGCAAAUUAUCAUCACUCAAUAAAUGUAAUGAACUCGUGUCCUCAUAGGGCCAUGGAAACAAAGUGCUACUGCGUAACAACUGAACUAAGCAUCAAAAUUUACUGCCACACCUAUUAUGCAAAUUUGUAAAAUAUAUAAAUGAUGGUAUGAAUAUUUAUCAACAAUAAAAUCCCCUGAUGAGUGAGUAAUCACGAAUCGGGAAAGUAUAGUCUCUAUGUUUUUUCCCCUAUCACAAUAUAUAUAUAUAUAUAUAUAUAUAUAUAUAUAUAUAUAAUUAUAUAAAUAUUAUGAGAGGAAAAAACGACGCAACUACAUUUCCCGACAAGCCUGUUUCGUGAAUCACUUCACUCUUAAAACGCUUCACUCAUUAAACCCCUGAAGAGUGAAGCGAUUCACGAAACAGGCUUGUCGGGAAAUGUAGUUGCAUCGUUUUUUCCUCUCAUAAUAUUUAUUCGGCUCUGCUUCAACGUAUUGAGCACUGUUCCACGCGAAAAUCGACUUGCAGACUUCCUAUAUAAUUAUAUAUAUAUAUAUCACUAUAUGUUAUACUGUAGCAUACAUUUUAUUUCACCCUUGUUACCUCUUUACCCAAUUUUUUUAUUCUCUUCCAAUUAAUCUUGUUCUCAUUUAUCCUCACCUUUAAUUUGUAGGUAGAACAAUCAUGAGGUAGAAUACAAAUUUGUUCUUUCCAUUUAGAUCCUAGCCAACAGGGCUAUUGCACACUCCAGGUUGGGUGAUGUUCAAGAAGCCAGAAAUGAUUUUUUGAUGGCUUUACAAUCCAAGGUGGAGCCACGACACAGUGUUAUAGAGGACCUACUUCUCAACUGGCAGGUAAUGCAUUGUGUUUUACAGUAAGUUUUAUAUAAGGUGUUAAAAGUGUUAAAACUAGGUGUAUAACUGACUGGCUGUCUAACCCUACAGACUAAAUGACUAAUUGAUUGACUGACAGACUACAUUGCAGCUUUCUGACAGAUUGAUUGAACUGACUGACCAAGUGGUUGAUGUACUGAUUGAGUCACGUAAUGACUAAAGGGGGAUAGUUUCUAAAGAAACUGUGGUGCUGUGUCCCUGGGAGAGUAUAGUUUAGGGUAAUUAAAUAUUAUCAAUGAGUUGAUUAUCUAAACUGGCCACCAUAAAGAGUUUCAAAACUAACAUUUCCAGUGUUAGCCCUCAGUCAAAGCAAAUUAGUCAUGCUGACAAAGGGCUAUCACUUGAAACAUCAGCUUUGCAACUCUUUAGGGCAGCCAAUUUAUGUUAUCAACUCUUUGAUAGUACUAAAUUUCCUUAUUAUGUAGUGACUGACUAACUGAAUUACUGACUGAUUGACUGACUGACUGACUGACUGACCAGCUCGACUGAUUUCCUUGUUUUCUGAUUGACUGGUUUACUUCCUUGCUUUCUGAUUUGCUUACUGACCCACUGCAUGGCUGGCUCGCCCACAGACUGUUUUAUUGACUGACUAACUGUUUAUCUGUCUGACUGACUAAUUAACUGACUUGCUGACUUACUGGCUAUUUGUCUGACUGACUGACUUGCAAGGUGACCCAUUGACUGAUUUACUUGUUUACAGAUUAAUUGCCUAACUGGUUUACUACAUAGCUCACUGACUGACCAACUUACCCACUGCAUUACUGGCUGGCUCUCUGACUGUCUGACUUACUGGCUGUCUGUCUGACUCACUGAUUAACUAACUGACUGCCUUGCUGACCAGUUGACUAGCUGAUCGAAUAGCCAACUGACUGGCUGGCUGUUGUACUGACUACAUGUAUUUGACUGCCAAUUUGACACGAUGUCUGUCUGUUUAGACCUUCCAUUACCUUUUCUCUCUGUGAUAAAUGUACAUUUUAGUAAGAUGCCCCCGUCUCUUAUCCUUCAGUCUGGACAAGACACAAAACCCAUGAAGAUGCCAUCAAAUGCGGUCUUUCAGCCACAGAAACGCCAUAUUGAUGCCAUCAGCGAAAAGCGUGAUUUCUUGGGGCAGUCGAAGGUAAGUAGAGAAAUAAGGUUGAGGAACGCUGUCCUCGAUGAAUAGGAAAGAUUUUCAUUGUUGUGUCAGGAGUCCAUGGGCUCCUGGUUGUGUGGAUAGUUCAAAUUACUCUUCAUUUUUCUGUAGAAAUUGAACUCAUGAUUUUCCAUACUCUUGCUAGAAUCUUGUCUGUCAUUGACUGUGGCACUAACUACUGACAAGUAGCCCGGUGUAAUUGGCACUUAAUUAUUAAAUAAUGAAGAGUGCGUCAGUUCGUGUUGAGCAUAAUUCGAUCUUCACUAUAAUAAUUGAAACUUAAUUCCAGUGUUAAACCAUGUAGCCCAGGAAAAACUCCUACUAAAAAGGGGACACAGAAUAAUUCAAAUAGAAGAACUUAGACUAAAAUAUCUACACUAAAAUAUGAACAUGAAGUAGUUGAGAGGGUGUGAAUAGAAAUUCUCACUAAGUAUAGUCGGUCUGAAAGUAACUUUACCGCUUUACUAACUUUUCCAAUGUUAGGUCGUUGCUGAAAAUGAAGUCACAAAGUUUCCCAGUACUCGCUCAAGAACCUCCACGGUAUGUUUGUACUGGUUACUGUCGUUUCACUUUCUUCGCGCGAGAUCCUGUUGUAUUUAAGAAAUUUUCUAAAGCUCAUGUUUCUACAUAUGAUUCAUUAUAUUUCAUAGAUCCAUAAAUUGUUACUUUUUAUCUACUAUAAUUAUGAUGAAAUCAUGACACUGAACAGUUUUCUAGAUUCUUUAGAGUAACCUAACCUUUUGAAAAUUGUCUUCAAACGCUCUGUAAAGCCCAGUCCGCGGAUACCGUCAUUGUACCACUUGUUUGAGCUUAUUUUUACAUCCUUUGGUGAUCUGGUACAAUUUCAUGAAAAUACAUCCUCUUGUCUUGCAACUGGUAGCUUUCUGUGAAUCAAGCAUUGCGGUUCGGUUCUGCAGGUGCGUUCAGGUAGCGGAGUUGUUUUUAAAAUGGUUGUCGAAUUUAUAGCACGUUUGAAAACAAAUUUCGAAUGGUUAGGCUGCAGAGAAAUCUUAAAACUAAGAUGGAUUGUAAAUUUGUAUUUAUGCUUUAAAUGACUGAGAUGAAAAUGAUACAUUUUUCUGAAACCUACGUCCCCUUUAACAUGCAUGGUUAAAUAUGGCUGCUUAGUUCUUAGCAGUAUUAUUGUACCUCAUACAAUGCCCUGGUUCCUCAUGCUCAUUCUUUUUUUUAGACUCAGCCUCCUUCUCCGUCUCUUCUCAAAGAUGCAGAAAAUGAACAAUCUUCUGAACAGCACCCCCCUGAAGCUGGACAGGUGGUAUGUAAGAAGAUAUUAGUAGAUUUUUUUUUUUUUUUUUUUUUUGGGGGGCUAGAAUGAAGCAGUCGUAACUGACGUCUCGAUACACAGUGUUAUCAUGCAAUCAUGUAUUAUGUCACGAACCUGCUUUAUACUGUUGAACCUCCAUUGAACAGCAGCUGCUCUGUUGGUGUCCAUUAAUAACCGACCUAAGGAGUGGAAGGUGUAGUAACGUUAGCAUUAUUUCAUUUUGAUCUUACUUGAACGUUUUGGAUCUUCCUUGGUGUUAACAACCCCUCCCCCUCCUUACUAAUGCAGGACCACACUUUCUUUGGAGACUUACCCCCUUUAUUCAGUUUGUUGUUGGUGAACAACCCCUACCAUACAUGUUGGCUUAUUCCAAGUUAGCUCUGAUCACGUUUCGCGUGUAGGAAAAUAAUGUUUUUUUGGAAUAUAAUUUUCUCUCAUGAGUCAGCACAUUUACCGCAGCUGUUGACUUUAAAAAAAAUCUUCAUUGUUAUUAGGCUUCAGGAAGACACGCAUUGUUAAACGACUUGCGGAAGAAAGAAACUCGUCGUUCACUGAAGAAAGUCUCCUCUCGGAUAGAACCACCAAGGAAGCCGCUCCCAGGCAUUCCCGACAGGCCAGAGAGUCCUCGUCGUCCCCCACCUUCUCCGCGCGCUUCCCAUACCCCGAGAUUUAUGGCUGAGUCUCGUUCCCCGCUGCCUCGCAAGAGAGUUAGUAGUCCGUUUAGGCCUGUAAUUCAAACUGAGAAUAGACGAGCUUAUUCUGCGUUUGAAAUGAAACCACCUUCCAAGCCCUUACCUCCAGCUCCAAGAUCUAAAAGCCCCCUUCCUACACGAAAAAUAUCGUUGCCAGCUCAAUUCAAUCAAGAAAGUGACGUCACAGUCAAGUUUCAGUUGGUUCUCACGCGAUCUGUUAAAGUGGGCCAAUCAGCCUCGGCCCAGGACCUUUUGAGAGCUGCGGCCAAUACUUUUCAAAUGUCCGAGGAUUCCUUUGAAUUAUGGUAAGACAAUUGAUGUUAUAGAUUUACUAUAAUUUGUAAGUUGCCGACAAAUUUUUGUAUUUUGUAUGUUAGCGUAUUUUUGUAUGUGUUCCACAUACAUAGCCUCUUGUAAAGUCCUUAAAAAUUAUUGAGGUUCAGUGACCAGAGACGAAAAUUUAGAAAAUGUUGUGGGUUGGGCGAAGAAAAUUUUAUGGAACAGAAAAUAGCGCCAAAAUAUGUUAUUUUUUGAAGAAAAAAAUCCAUGCAGUAUCCUUUCAGACUCUGUUCUGAACGAAAAAAAAUUAGUUGGGAGAAAAAAUUGAAAAAUAAUUGUAUAUCUGAAAGUCAUUAUUUCUUUCUCCUUCAAGACGAUUCUAAUAAAUAAAUCCAUUCCUCACCUAUAGUUCCCAUUUGUUUUUUACUGGUGAGUCGCUCGAUCCUAUUCCCGUGAAGUUGAAGGGUUAAGAUAUGGGACUGGUAACUGUUAGAAAAAUUGAACAGUUAUCAAAGAUUUGUAAAAUUCUAGGUUUUUGGUUAAUUUUAUUCAGGUACAUGAAGGACGACCAGCUCAGCUCUCUCCAAAAUCAGAAUGUGGAAGAAAUACUCCGGUCGUCAACAGUCCAAACGGUGUUCUGUUACGAAAACAAACCUGAGUGAUAAAGCUUUUUCAUUGUAAUUUACGUCAGCUAAUUGAUCACUCUGUCUGAUAUUAUUCAUUUUCAAAGAAUCGAGACAGUUGUUUAAGUUACUUACUACUUUCAUUAAAUUACUCAAAGGGCGAGUCACUGUAGUAUCGAUUAUUACUUACAUGCACGAGGUACACACAUUUUCUCUUUUAUGACUGGUUAAUUUGAAGUCAUGUUUUAUGCACCACACCAGACAGAAGUACGCUUUCACUUAAGGAAUCUCAUUGGCGAGAUAAGUUGUUCGAUAGCUCAUAAAGACGCUUUAAACUUUUCGGUUAUCGAGGGAGUAAACUCGAAAAGUUUGAACAUCACUCGCCACCAGCUCGUGAUUUACAAACUUUGCGCGUAUUCUCUCAAUAUCCCGUGUGAGUUAUCACGCCAGUAAACGUAUAGAAAGUGCGGUCUAUUUCUGAAAUGGACCAGUAAAAAGGUUUCAGAUAAGUGUUCUGUAGAGAACUUGACUUUCACGUAUCAGUUUCUGUGAGCUUUAAAAGAUGACUUUCACUCCGUUCAAUCCACAAACCCAGAUAAUUUAUAUUUAGAUCAGACUAGUUAGAUUUCUAACAGUUUACAAAAAGCUUGGAGUUGGUUGGGUCUAAUUGUUUUCUUUGUUCUAACUAAUUCAGGUGAAGCGGCAAUAGGUGUUUUAGUUAACUAAAUACUUCGCAGCUGUUGCUUUGGAUGCAACGCAACUCUUCCUUGAAAGAAUUCUUGAAAAUUCAUCCAGUGGAAGUAAGGUUUUUUUUAGCUUGUUUGUUUGUCUUUUGUUGUUUUUUCCUGGAAUGUAGGUAUAAUUUCUCCUGAUCACGUGAGUGCUCACCAGUAAUUUUUCGCCUUAUUUGUAGAGUUAUUUAAAAGUAUAUAAUGAGAUGUGACAAAGUGCAGUUCAUGUGAAUCGUUCGCGUUUCUCUGUGGUAACCUCUAUGUAAUGCCACUAAUAAGGGUGUAUUUUUCUUGAAAAUGAAAUCAAUCGAGAGUAAAUCAGUAGCAGUAUGAAUUUUUAAAAUCUUCUUGUACAAUAAAUAUUUUUAUAUGAUUAAAUGAUUUAAAUUCAUUUAUUACCAAGGUGUAGGAAAUAAACAAAUCUGAGACAGUGGAGGUUCUUCAUCUGUUAGUCUGAAUAUUAUAUAUUUUUAUUUUUGUUUCUUCCAAUUUGUUUCCCUUGAUGUCUCUACUUAAGAGGUACUGUCUAACCCCUGUUUGGGGUUUUAUUGAUUUCGAGGAUGUCUCAGUAUUGAGCAACAUCAUGCUCAUCUUAUUUCUUUGCUGUCUUGGCGACCUACGCGUGUUUUAUUUUGCGAGUUCGUUCUUGUAAAGAUGCUCCAAAAAAUGUUUUACGAAAUUUAAAACAAACUCCGUUAGCUGGCUUCGAGCAAAUACAUUUUCUUGCAUAGAGCGUCAGGACCAACAGAGGAUCUUAUGCCGAUAAGGUAACCUCUCUAACUCGCCAGGGAGCCAAUCAGAGCACAGGAUUGUUUGAAUGCUCUAGCAUCAAAUAGUUUCAAUUUUGGCUAUGUUAAGAGAGCUGCAUGCUGCUGCGAGAUAUAGAUCGACAGUCUCUAGGUGCUCCUCGUGUGUUUCUCGCACAAUGACUUUUUCGUUGAGUCAAGUCAAUCUUGAGAAGCGGCUGAAAUAAAAGGGGCUGGGAAGCUUUCACAGAAACUAAAUGAAAUAUAGUAAAAUCUCUGAAACUAUUUGUCAAAAGCUUAAGUCCUCUCGUGAAAAUUUGGUUUUUGAUGAGCGUGAUAAUCGAGAACAAUCGACUGACUAAAUGACCCAAAUACGCCACACUCAGAAGUGACAAAUGAUAAAGAGCAUCAUUAUAUUCAGGGGCAAUCCAAACAAACAUGGCGUGUGAGUAAAUUGAAUCUGUUAUAUUGGGCGAAUCAUUUCAUUUACUACCAAUACUCAACAUGAAAAAACUCACCACAACGUUGAAAUCUUCUUGGUAAUUUUUGUUGAUCGCAAUAGUUAAUGAAAGGGAUCGAGGCCUGUUAACUAUGCGUCCCUUUUACAAAAAUGUAAUAAACACGGUUUGUCUUGUUUAUGACACAAUUAUCUCGUCAAUGAAUUAAUAAAAGGAAAAAAACAAAUGGACCUGAUCGACCUUUAGGCCAAAAAUUAUGCUGGAGUAUUUUUUAAUACGUCAGAGCAAUUAGGACAUCACUUGUUUAUCUAACACAAAUCAUACCCUGCAGUUCCUUGAAUGCGUCAUUGUAAGCUCUUUAAUCAACGAGUACGCGGAUAGCGUGUAUAUCUUUCUUCUGUGGGCGGUUGAUGGCGUGAUGAGAGCUGGGGCGGCGUUGGAGCCAUUUGUUAGGCGUUUCCGCCUAAAGCAACCUCAAAACUGCCCACUGAGAGCAGAGGAAGUCGUAUGUAACAAUAUUUGUUCUUAAAGUUUUUAAGUGAGCCCACGUACUCCCAUGAAAACUGCUACUGCUCUUGAAGCAAUGGAAGAAAAGAUUUACAUCCAGUUAGUUGCUUUAAACCCAAAUACUUGAGUGAUGCAGUAUUUGAUGUCACCGUGAUUAAUUUAGCCUCGGGCCUUUAGGUAUUUUUAGUAUAACUACUAUACUUCAGAUGGCAAUUAAGACGAGACGUGAUUUUUCCGCAAAAAAAUUUUCCGUGUUUAUUUCGUCGAAGUUUUUAGUGAAAACAAUAAAGGGCGAAUAGCACGUGAUAAUAUGACAUUGAGUAGUUAUCAUUUUUAUUAAGGCCACAUGUUACUUUGCAUUUAAUUAGAUUUAAACAGGUUUUUUUCUUUGCAUUUGAACUGUGAGACUGUGUGGGGAACAUCUUUAUGUACUUUUUUUUUUUUUUUUUAAUGAAAUCGGAAAUUAGGGUAUCAAAGUUUUUUUUUCCUUUCCGGACUGUAAUGUUGUUUUCAUCUCGCAAACGAAUUUAAAACCGCCGUCAAGCUUAAUUAGCUUCAUUGAGUUGACCUUUCCUUCAGACAGUUUUGCUGGAUACUUAAUCACGCAAGCCACAGCCUUUCGAUCAGUAGACCUUCAGUUCAGCCCAUUGAUAUCUAUAAGGCAUUUUAUCUACUGUGCAAAAACUUCGGAAACUUGAGUAGCCAGAUUUAGGUAAGUGGUUUUUUUGUGUGGCUAAGUUACAUCUGAGACGCAUGUAAGUUACUCAAACUCCAGACAGGGUCGAUCUUUGCUGUCUGUUAAAGAUUUUUUCUUUUUAGAAUUUUAUCAGGAAAAAGAGGUUUAACAACUGAUAUUGGUGAAUCUGCGGGGAGGCUACUUGCAGUUUCACGUAGGACCUGCUUCUGAACGUCUGGGUAACGAUUUAUUAUCCACGACACUUAUUUAAGCAUUAAUGACAUGAUUAGCUUCCCUUCAUCGGUAAGUGCAAGCGGCAAGAGGUUGAUGGCAACGGUAAACAACAACAAAAAUAAAAUGUCGUUAUACUCAAUUUUCUUCUUGUCCCUAAGCUAAAACCUUGAGAGAUCUUUUAGAUAGGUUUUCACAGUCAUCAGUUACGUUUUUACUCACCUCUACCGAAAGCUGGGAGCAGCACAGGUGGCCCAAGCUCCAGCUGUGAGAUGAUCGUCUUGCGAAAUACGAGUCAUGGCGAAAUUCUAAGAGUUUGUAUGGGAAACAUGGGCUUUUCUUAUGUACGUAGUAAACCUAGAAAUAGAUAACUCGCUAAAAUGGCUUAUUUUCAACAUAGUAGGCGCUCAGCUCGCAUGCGAUGCACUGUGGACAUCAGGUGAGGUAUUUUUUUAUUGAGAAUCUGACUGUAUCUUUUAUUCCUAAGAACGGUCGUAAAUAUUCCCAUAAAAACUCCUAGAAUUUCGCAAUGACUCAAGCAAGAUGAUCAUCUCAGAGCUUGGGCCGCCUGAGGGGGCAGCAGCUAACAAGUUCAAACGUACGCGCUUCAAGCAAAUAUUCGUUUGGGCAAAGCACUUACUUGCUUAUAAAAUUAAAAGGUAGACAUGAACUGCUAUGAAAAUAAAGAAUGCAAGACUGGCAGUGAAAUUAUAUUCACAUUCAUCUAAUAAAUUGAAAAAUUCAAGUGGCAAAAUUGCAAACUUGACGUGGCCGAAAUAAUUUAGCCCAGUUAGGUUUGUGCGGUAUUGAUCUUCAUUGAUAGACCUGGCCAUGACAAAACUAAGUGAACUAAUGUUAAAACAUUGGAUCAAUUUAAUUAAGUGGCUUGGAUCUUCGCUGGAAAAUAGCAAUGAUAUUCAAACAGUUUUCAUCAAAAGUUUUUUGACAGGUAAAUUUGAGAUUUCGCGCGUAUUCAAGGACAUUUUAAACCCGUUGAUUUAAGUUGCUAAUUUUCUCUUAUGGAAACUAGAAGGGCCAGAUACCAUAAUGUCACCUCCCCCUUCCACGCUUUGCCAUAACCCAUGAUAUAAAUUCUAUCUCGUAUAGAGCGCAUUGUAACAUUCCCUCUUAGUCUACUUUUUCUCUGAUCUGAAAAAUAGUUUAGGGUUUGUUGGUGAGAGAUGGCUUAAUUUUUCUACUUGUGUGUCGAGUUCUAACACCUUUUCUCACCCCCUCAUCAAACCAAAGAACUGAAACGUUCUCUUAAAAGGAAAAACAUUUUUAACGUCCCCCGUUCCUUUGGCACCCAGCUUUGUGUCAGUAUGGGGGACAUGUCCUUGGUGAAGACUUUGCAGAUUUGGAAAGAUGGCGUGACUUUCAUGGAGAAGGGCAACUAUGAGGAGGCACUGACAAACUUUGUGGCUCUAGAAGGAAGGACUGACUCUUCUCAACAACUGAUCACUUCAGGCAGAAAUCUGUUUAACAUUGGACAGAUGUAUCGAGCUCUUGAUAGAAUGGAGAUGGCAGCAAAGGUAGAUAUUAUAUAUACCAUUUAACCCCUAGUCAUGUCUCACAGUUGCUAAUUACUUCAUUUAAGGUACAAGAAUGCAAUUAUGUCUAGAAUGACGUUACCAUUGAACAAUUUCUUCUCACCAUCAGACCUUUGAGGAGUCCAUAGGAAAAGACAAAAUGUCGGCAGUUACUCAUUUCCUGCUGGGAAACACCAACUUGGUUUUGAACAGGUAAGGAACAGUUAUCCAUGCUCUCUCUCAUUUUGGCUGUGUUAUCGAACAUGGAAGCUUAGUUUAAAGUCCAACUAACACUAGUGUAAUUCUCGCCAGACAUGAUGUUCGUUGCAGUAUCGAGGGUUUCCACAAAUACGUUAGAACGCUUCCCUACGGAUGAUUCUGCCUUUUACACUUUAUUAUCCUCUCUAUUGAGACACAUCGAUUUCUUGCCAGCCGACCUAAGGGUUCUUACGUCUUGAAAUUAACAGGGGAGCAGACAAAUUAUUAUAUUUUCAAGCAGUAUCGCAAAUAAUAGAAAACGGAUGUCUUAAAAGCACAGGUGAAUAGCAUUAUUAAAUUUUUGUUCCAUCAGAAAUGACGAGGCACUGAAGAACUUUAAUGAUGCUCAUUUAUUUCUUCGUGGAAACAAAGUGAUAAAUUAUUAUCAGUUAGGUUUAAAAGCCAAACUUUACUUGUGUGAGGUAAGCUGUUUAGACUUUCUCUUAUAUUCUUCACAACCAUACGCACCCUUCCUUGAAAAGCCUUAUUCUUUGUUUGAAGUGGUUCAUAGUCUUGUUGUUUCAUAUUCUUUUUUAUCAACAUCGUUACUGUACUUACCUUUUUUUUUUUGAUUUGUAGAUUCUAGUCAACCGGGCCAUUACUCAAUCCAGACUAGCUGAUGCUAAAGAAGCCAAAAAUGAUUUUUUAAAGGCUCUUCAAGCUAAGGUUGAACCUCGUCAUCGUGCAAUUGACGACCUCCUUGAUUCCUGGCAGGUGAGACUGUACAGCUGUGAACUGUUUCACUAGAUCCGAGGAAGAACCUUGUUGAUUUACUUAGCAAGUUAUUGAUCGACCUCAUAACGUAUUGAACAGCAGAAUGACUUGCUUAUUCAUCUCCUGAUUAUGACUGAAUUGCUGACGUACCAAUUGUCUGACUUACCGAUUGAAGACCUCAUUGAGUGACCGACUGACCGACUGCCGAACAGACCGACCAACCAACCAGACAAUUGGCUUGCGAGCAGACUGACCAAUUAAUCGGCUGGUUAACUGGCGAACAGACUGGCCAAACAACCAGCUAAUUGGCUGACGAACAGACAGACCAAAAUGACGCACAAAAUGACCAACCAACCGGCUGUUUGACUGGCGAACAGACUGACCAACCAACCGGCUGGUUAACUGGCGAACAUACUGACCAAACAACUAGCUGGUUGACUGGCUGUCGAACUGACUCACUUCUCGUCUGACUGACCAUCUGGCUCUCUUAUUAAGCCGCAGACCGACCAAUUCUCAAUAAUGAAUGCUUAGCUGACUGUUGAACCUCCAAUGAUCCUGAGUUUGAGUUUGGUUUUUGUUUCUGCAGUCUGGAAAAGAAGUGGAGCCUUUUCAGUUACCCUCUUGCGUUGUAUAUCAACCACAAAAACGUCAAAUCGAUGCUAUUAACAAGACACAAAAUUUUUUGGGCCACUCCAAGGUACUAUUUAUUUAGGGUUUGAUGCCAACAUGUAACAAUAAAUUAAUUCUCUUUUGAAGUUUUUGUUUAUUGAAUCUCUUCUCUUUUUGUUUUAUGACUCGUUUGCACAUAUUUCUUUAUUUUCUCUAUAUUUGUGUGGUUUUUAUGCAAAUUUCCUAUUUAGGUUGUUGUACAAAGUGAAAUUACCAGGUUUCCUGAUUCACGUUCAGAAUCAACAAAGGUAACUGUCCAACAGAUGAUUGUUAAUAAUAUCACUGGAAGGUCUUCAUGAAUUAUCGUGUUUAGUUUCAGCGAAAUCAUUGCUUUCAUAAGACACAAAUAUGAAGAGCUUGGUUGCCACUCUUUAGAAUGUGUAGAGACACAAGCUUACAAGCUUGCAUAAUUACACUUGCAUAAUUACAACUCAUAUGUAAUUUUUAAACUAAUCUUCGUUCACCGAAGAGUCCUUCCAAAGAUGUGAGAGAUGAACAGCAUUUGGAACAGCACCAGCCUCCAGCUGACCAGGCGGUAUGUAACAACAUGAUAGUAUAGAAAACAACCACUUUCGAAGUUAGAAACCAGCGAUGCGUUUCUAUAUCUUGACUGCUUUUAUACAUGAAAAGGUGGAACAUCGGUGAUACGUUUUUCGUUUUAGACAUCAAAAGGACAUGCUCAGCCAAACAGAAUCCAAGGAAAAGAAUCAAACAGCGUUCUGAGAGACGCUUCCAGUAAAGCAAAGGCCGAAAACAACCCUUCUCUAGGCCACCUUCAGAGCCCGGUCAGUCCAAGUCAAUCUCUAGCUUCACCUGGUAAUUUUUCUACAGGAGGCUCUAGGAUCGGAAAUCGUUCACCUUUUACCCAGAGAAAGAAAAUGGGGGGCUUUUCACCCAAGACACCACCGUGGUCUUCAACUGAAGUAGACGCGCCUCCGACAAAACCCCUCCCUCCGGCUCCUACGGCCAGAAAAACAAACAAAACACGUGACGUCACACUGAUUCUCACGCGAUCUGUUAAAGUAGACCAAUCAGCCUCGGCUCAGGACCUUUUGAGAACCGCGGCCAAUACUUUCCAAUUGUCCGAGGAUUCAUUUGCAUUGUGGUAAGACAAUUGAUGUUGUUUCCACUAUGAAUUUGAUGUUCUGUUCCUCUCAAACGCUUUGUUGUUUGAUUGGUUUCUCAAAGGAAUUAAGAUUGGUGCGUAGAGAAUUCGGAAAAAAUGACGUAAGUUGGAAUUAAGGUGACGGGAAAAGGAGAGACUAGCAGAAUAGAAUCACUGAUUCAUUCUGCAUUGUUCCUUAUCAAUAAUUUUAAACUAACACAGAUUCCGCUUUGAGGAGGCCGAGUCUGACAUUCAAUAGAAAUAGUUAAAAGAAGUGCUGAAUAGAUUAAACGCAACAAUAUUCCGUUUUCUCCAGGAGCAUGAAGAACACACAGCUCACAGUUCUACAAGAUCAGGAUCUGGAAGAAAUUCUCCACUCGCCAUCAGACAGCAGCCCAAAAGUUUACUGUUACCUAAAUAAGCCGAAGUAGAUAACAUUUGACUGCAGUUUACACUAAGUUGGCUGCUCUCUCAAGCAUCUGAUGAACAAUAUAAUAUUCUUAUAUUUGUUGAAUGAUUGGAAUUUUUUAUGAUCUAUAAAAGUAGUUGCACCGAAUGGCAGUCCACCUGGUUAAAUAAUUUUGGAAUGCUCUUGCUAUGGUUGUAAUCUUUAAAUCGAGCGAUGUAUAUAUUUUACCUUAACGAUCAAGAGAAAAGGGACCAAAUUGGUCGGCAGCGUGAGUUUUGCGCGGCUUGCAAAGCGGAAAAGAGUACUUCAAAAUCGGUAACCGAGUGUGAAAUAAGUACUUCAAACAAGGAGGCGGACGGUAGAAAUAAACAUGAAACACUUUCCCAGUAAAUCUUUUUCAUAAAUUUGGAUUUAUGGCCAUGAAGAUAGUGUUACAAAUUGACCUUUUUACUCUUAAUUUUAUCGUCGUCUUUCACGAGAUAAAAGCUACAACACUGCUCCUCAAAUGUCAUUAAAGCAAAAUGCAAAUCAUAGGUUUUCAAGCUUCACUAAGUCACUGGCUCCAAUCAACAGCCUCCUCUUGGACUUUUUGUAAUUUCAAUAUCAAGAGGUCUUUCCACGUCAAGUUGUUCUUACGACAAAGUUGCACGUACAUGUUUGCCUCGUAAGAACUUAGCUACUGCUGAGACAGCUUUUAAAAGAAAGUUAGUUUGGAACAUUCGGUAAGCAAUAAGUCUGCAUUUGUAUGAUGACACAGAACCUAACUGAAUUUCUAUUUAAGUAUCACCAUAAUGGCAUUGAUUUGCCUUUGGCCUGAUUAUGUUCCUUUAGUUCUUAAAUAUCAUGCAAUGCACUUUGUUGUUCCUUCUUCUGACUUCUUCCUUAUCUGCUAAAAAUAACGGAACAACAGAGUCGGCAGAUCUUUGACCUGAAAAUAGCUUCUGUAAGAGACAUUUUAUGUUUUCAAAUGCAAAUGCAAAGCACAGUUUUUUAAUUCCAUGGCACAAUGCGCUUGUUUAAUAACGCUUUCGAGAUAUUUUUAGGCAGAUUUAUAAAAACGUUUUUGUUAGUACCGUCGCGACAUAAAAUUGGACGCAAGUAUUAAUAGUGAUUGACUCGGGUCACUCACAGAGCUGUACUGUAUUCGAUCAAUGGCACGUAAUGACGAUCAAAAAAGGAAAUACGAAUUUCUGGCAUAUUAC